AUGUCCGGCGUAGCAGAAGAAGGCAAAUCCAGGGCCCAGCUUAUUGACGAGCGCAAGGCUAACCUCCCUCUCCCCGACCAACCACCGGUCGAGUCAGAUUGGAACUCAGCCGACGGUUCGAAAGUCAACGUUGGCAGCGGUGGCGUCUCAGAUACCUUCUCAGUCGGUGACGAUGCUCUUCGAGGACCCGCAACUGGCGACAGUGCAGUACGAUCGAGUGGUGAGAAGGAGAAUGUUCAGGGCCAGGGUGUAGGACGUGAGGGUCUUGAGGGCGGCAUUCCCAACGAUGCUGUUACGAGAGGGUCGAAAGGCAAGGCGGGACUGAAGGAUACUACUGGCAAGGACUAUGGUUACCCUCAGAAGAACGAUCCAGCAGACCCAAACAAAUGA